AUGAGACGAUUGGGUGAUAUCCCUCACAUUAAUUUACAAUUACCAAUUUCACAAGGGGAUGGCUAUGAAAUUUAUGAUUCAUUUCGGUCAUUUUCAAAUUUUCGAACGGUACGAUCAUCCACAUCAUUACGUAAAUCCUUGCUUGAUUCAUCUCAACAACGAGAUACACUACCACCAAAUAAUCGAUCAAGAUCACGUCUACGAAAAAUAGAUUUAGAUGAUCAUCAAUCCCGAUUAAAUGAUCAAUUGGCUAGUAUACAUUUAUUAAAACUAAAAUCGUCUCAUUUAUCGACCACUAGCGAAAACACACACAAGUCAUCACAAGUCGAUGCCAUUUCAAAUUCAUUAAUCAAUGCUGGUUAUUCCAAAAGUUCAUUGAAAAAAAUUGUCCAAAACUCCCAACAACGAUCUGUCCAAAAAAAGCAAGUCGUCGAUGUCAGAAAAGACUCACCCAUAAGUAAAACAACAAGAUCAUCGUCAGGCGAUCGUCUUCUAGAACACUCUGAAUCAAUAUUUGGUGAAAUUGAAGAAAUAAAAAAACCAUCGAUAAAUACCGCCACAUGGGCCUCACAUCGACAACAUUUAGAUAUAUUACAAAAAAAAAUGUUGCAUUCGCGUGCGAGAAAUAGAGACAAUAAACAUAAUAAUAACAGAGAAAAUCAUAAAAAUGGUGAUCGAGAAAUGAUGAGUGCAUCAAAAGAGUUAUUACCAAAUGAUGUACUCUAUCAUCGUAUUGAACAACUUACACGUCUCUAUUUUCCAUCAAUUCAAAUAUUAAGACAUACACAAUCUCCAGAAACAAAUCUGAAUCGAGUAAAAUUAUAUCAACAAAUGGUGAGAAAACUACCAAAACUAUACGCUGAACUAUAA